AUGUCGACAACAAUAGCCCUCUCUUCAACAGCAAAACGAGAUUUGAUUCUGAUAGCCUCAAUAUUAAUCCGCUUUUUAUUGUUCCAAUUCGACAACGUUACUGAGAUUCUUGGUAACAGAGUUGAAAUAGUCACUCCUGUUACUAGUUUUCGAAGGCUUACCGAGGGGAUAUAUUUGUUCCAGAAUGGUGUUCCCCCAUACGAUGGAGGCAUUUUCCAUCAGCCACCGCUUCUCCUUCCCAUCUUUGCAUACAUUCCUACGAUCCUCACACCAAUACUCUAUACAUGCCUUGAUCUCGUAUUUGCAUAUCUAAUACAAGAGAUAACACGGAUAAAACAACAGCUAUACAAGGAUCGCCCACGCAGUGAUGGAGAUGGGGGUGAAAUUGAGCCAUGGGUCGUUGCUGGAUG